AUGGAGGAACUGAGCAUUUUCUCGGGAGAUGUGGUGCAGAUAAGACAUGGACUGCGCAACACGAUAAUAUGUGUGGCUUCCAUCGACGAGAAUCCGCCAACAGGGAUGAAUAACGCAGACGAGGACAGUUUGAACGACGUGGGAUAUGAGAACAUUGGGGGGUGCCGUAAACAGUUGGCACAGAUCAAGGAAAUGGUGGAACUGCCUUUAAGACACCCUCAACUCUUCAAGACGAUAGGAGUGAAGCCUCCACGAGGAAUCCUGUUGUAUGGCCCGCCCGGAGUAGGGAAGACGUUGAUUGCUCGGGCAGUGGCCAAUGAGACGGGCGCAUUCUUCUUCCUCAUAAAUGGACCCGAGAUUAUGAGCAAGCUGGCGGGGGAGUCGGAGAGUAAUCUGCGGCGGGCAUUCGAGGAGGCCGAGAAGAAUGCCCCCUCCAUCAUCUUCAUUGACGAGGUGGACGCCAUUGCCCCCAAGAGGGAGAAGACUCACGGGGAAGUGGAGAGGAGAAUCGUGUCCCAACUACUCACAUUGAUGGAUGGACUGAAACAACGCAGUCACGUGAUUGUGAUGGCCGCCACAAACCGACCAAAUAGCAUUGAUUCUGCACUCAGGAGGUUUGGGAGGUUCGACAGAGAAGUCGAUUUGGGAAUCCCCGACACGAACGGGCGACUGGAAAUCCUCCGAAUACACACCAAGAAUAUGAAACUGGGGGCAGAUGUGGACUUGCUGAGGAUUGCCAAUGAGACACACGGACAUGUCGGGUCGGACAUUGCCGCCUUGUGCACUGAGGCCGCACUCCAACAGAUUCGCAAUAAAAUGCACUUGAUUGACCUCGAAGACGACACUUUGGACGCAGAAGUCCUCCAGUUACUCUCCGUCGACCAGGCGGAUUUCCAGUCAGCACUAAUCAGUCAUUCCGUAGGUAUGCCCUGGAGAAGAGCAACCCGAGUGCACUCAGGGAGACCAAAGUCGAAAUCCCGACGGUCACGUGGGAUGACAUUGGAGGGCUUGAUUCUGUCAAACGAGAAUUGCAGGAGCUUGUUCAGGUUGUGUGUUUGUGUCGAGUUGAAGUAUCCGGUGGAAUACCAGGACAAGUUUGCAAAGUAUGGACUGAAUGCCUCGCGGGGAGUCUUGUUUUAUGGACCGCCGGGGUGUGGGAAGACUCUCCUGGCCAAGGCUAUUGCGCACGAGUGUCAGGCCAAUUUCAUUUCCAUCAAAGGACCCGAACUGCUCACAAUGUGGUUUGGGGAGUCGGAGGCAAACGUGCGGGACAUUUUCGAUAAGGCUGCAUUAAAUGUCGACUUUAAUGCGUUGGUCAAGUCCACCGCCGGUUUUUCCGGUGCCGAUAUCACGGAGGUCUGUCAGCGGGCUUGUAAGAUGGCCAUUCGGUUGUCGAUCGAGCAUGAUGUCAAGAUGAAGAACCAGGUGGGUGUCCGUGUUGUAUUUCAGGGAAUCACGGAGUACCAAGACCCCGUCCCCUGCAUCACCAAUGAACAUUUCACCGAAGCGAUGAAGAUGGCCAGGAAGUCCGUGUCCAGUUCUGAAACAAAGAAAUACGAAAUGUUUGCCCACAAAUUUCAGCAUGGGAGAGGAUUUUCGGGGAUGACGUAA